CGAAAGUGCAAAAUCUAGGGUUUUGAAAUUAUCGAUUUUCCGAGCUCGUCGCCUCCGUACACGAAGAAUGGGUCACUCGAACGUCUGGAACUCCCAUCCUAAAACUUACGGCCCUGGAUCUCGUACAUGCCGUGUAUGUGGUAACUCACAUGGGUUGAUCAGAAAGUACGGUCUUAUGUGCUGUAGGCAGUGCUUCCACAGCAAUGCAAAGGAGAUUGGUUUCAUUAAGUAUCGUUGAUCUGCACCAACGAGGGGAGCAGUUGAAGUGGGCCAUCGUCAAUGAAAAGAUGAUCCCGAUAUCUUGUUAGUAUCGUUGGUAACAAUCAGUUUUCUCAUCUUAACUUUUAAGACGCGUUAUGAUUCAUGUAUGACAAUGACAUACUGAAAUGCCAUCCCUUUUUUUGUUGUUUGAUUUUGCAUUUCAAA